AUGGUCAGGUUCUGGUCGGGUAUGGGUUCAGCACCUGAACAAGGUUUGUGGGAUCGACUUGGUCUCUAUUCGAACCCCCAAGCCCGGACUACUGUUAUGAACGCUAUUCGAAGAGCUCACGAUGUUGAGCAAAAUGCACAUCUCCUUACUAAUGGAGAUCCUGUUCACCUUCUUCACUCGGUCCACCGUAGACGAAGCCUCCAAAAUGGUUUCAUCGCUGAAAUACCUAAUCUACCAGCAUAUAUUCGAGGCCGUCCUCAAGCUGAGCUUGUUGAGUGUAUGGUAGAUCUUUGUCGUUUCUACCGAGCCUAUGAACCCGUUAAUUGGGGACUCCCUGCACCGAUCAGACGUCCACGGCAGCCACGGGGAACGGCAAAGGCAGCAGAAACUGUACCAGUAACUGCUACUGCACCUGCUCCUACUCUUGCUCCUGCACCUGUACCUGCUCCUGCUCCUGCUCCUGCUCCCGUUCCUACACCCGUUCCUACGCCCGUUCCUACGCCCGUUCCUACACCCGUUCCUACACCUGUGCUAGCAAAGGCACCGACAAAGAAACCUGCACCCGCACGCAAACGAGAGCUAGAUGACACAGGUGACGAUUCUAAUCUUCCAGCUCAAAAGAAGCAGGCAUUGGAGGCUAUGCCAGAGUAUCCAGGCUUAGCAGAUCCAGCGAGCUUAUAUGUCCAGGAGCAAGAGGCUAUCCUAGGAAAGAGAGCACCGCGGGAGAAUUAUGAUGAAGAAAUGGAAGAUGUAUCUGACGAGGAAGAAAGUCUUUCUGCACAGUCCGAAGAACUUUAG